AUGGUGGCUCACGCCAUCGUGGUGUCAUUCGUCAUUGUUCCAUUUCUACUUCCUGUCUUUUUCGUUUUCGUACUUUUAAUACACUUUUUUUUCUUUCUUUCUUUUCCUAAUUAUUUUACCUCGUUCGUCGUCAUUUAUUUUUCUUUCUUAAAUUUCUUCUCUUUUCCUGCGUUCGUUUCCCACCUCCUAUUACCUUCUCCUACUCUCUCCUAUUUUCUAAUAACUCUCUUCUUCACGCUCCUCUUCCUCCUUCAUAUCUUCACCUCUUUCCUCUCCACCUUUCCCUCUUUCGUCUCUUCAUCCCUUUUUAAUUUCCAACUCUUUCCUCUUUUCGCAUCACUCUGCACCUCCCUUUUCAUAAAUCUCCCCUUUUUCUCUUCCUCUUCCAAAUCCUCACCUCUUGGCCUCCUCCCUUUUCACUCUCCUCCAUCAUUUUCACUAGCUCGCUCACUCCGCCUUUUCUUUUCAUCAACUUCUUAUUUUCUACCUCGUCUUUCUUUUCCUCCACGUCGCCUUCCCAUUGCUCAGUCUUUCUCUUUUUUUAUAUCUUUCUUUUCUUUUCUCUUCUCUUCACCUCCCUCCUAUUCUUCCUUCAGCAUCCUACCCUUCGCCAUCCUCCUCUUCCUCCCUCUUCUUUUCAUAUCUUUUUCUCUUCUGCGCAUUUUUGUUUCAUGCAGACGAUGUUUUUCGGAUUUUCCAUCACGUUUUUUCGCCCGCCAUGUUGAGAACUCAGUGUAUUCAUUAUCUGAUGUUUUCUCUCUUCUUUCACUUUUUGCCUGUAUCUUCACAUUUUCUCCCUUAUCCUUUCCAUUCUCUUCUUUCACCUUUUGCCUGUAUCUUCAUAUUUUAUCCCUUAUCCUUUCCAAUUUCUUCUUUCACGUCUGGCCUGUAUCUUCCCAUUUUCUCCCCUAUCCUUUUCAAUCUCUUCUUUCACUUUUUGCCUGUAUCUUCACAUUUUCUCCCUUAUCCUUCCCAAUCUCUUCUUUCACUUUUUGCCUGUAUCUUCACAUUUUCUCCCUUAUCCUUUCCAAUCUCUUCUUUUUGCCUGUAUCUUCACAUUUUCUCCCUUAUCCUUUCCAUUCUCUUCUUUCACCUUUUGCCUGUAUCUUCAUAUUUUAUCCCUUAUCCUUUCCAAUUUCUUCUUUCACGUCUGGCUUGUAUCUUCCCAUUUUCUCCCCUAUCCUUUUCAAUCUCUUCUUUCACUUUUUGCCUGUAUCUUCACAUUUUCUCCCUUAUCCUUCCCAAUCUCUUCUUUCACUUUUUGCCUGUAUCUUCACAUUUUCUCCCGUAUCGUUUCUAAUCUCUUCUUUCACGUUUGGCUCGUAUCUUCACAUUUUCUUCCUUAUCCCUCCCAAUUUCUUCUUUCACUUUUUACCUGUAUCUUCACAUUUUUCCCUUAUCCCAUCCAAUCUCUUCUUUCAUCUUUUGCCUGUAUCUUCACAAUUUCUCCCUUAUCCAUUCCAAUACAACUAA